CAGAUCCUAAUAACAUGCAAUAUACACAUUCAACAAACCCAGCUUCAGCUUAGACGCUCUCAUCUAAACAUAUUCUCUACACAACACAAGAAAGUUAAGCAUUGAUCAUCAAGGAUGAAGAAGAAAGUGAAAACUGCAGUCUUUGUUCUCCUUCUUUUGGUGUUAUCUGUAGAUAGAUGUUCGUCUUUUUUGGAUCGUAGCCAAUUCCCUUCUUCCUUUUUAUUUGGUACUGCAACUUCUUCUUAUCAGAUUGAAGGAGCAUUCCUAGAAGGCAAUAAAGGCCUCAGCAAUUGGGAUGUGUUCUCACAUAUACAAGGGAAAAUCAAAGACGGAAGCAAUGGCGACAUGGCUGAUGAUCAUUAUAAUUUAUAUAAGGAAGACAUAGAGCUAAUGCACUCCCUUGGGGUCAACUCAUACCGAUUCUCCAUCUCCUGGUCCAGAGUACUCCCAAAGGGUAGAUUUGGAAAAGUCAAUUUAGAAGGGAUUAAAUUCUACAACAAACUUAUCAAUGCUCUUUUGCUCAAAGGGAUCCAACCAUUUGUUACAUUGAACCAUUUCGAUAUUCCUCAAGAAUUACAAGAUAGAUACGGCUCAUGGUUAAAUUCUCAAAUACAGGAAGAUUUUGGCUACUUUGCUGAGUUGUGUUUCAAGGCAUUUGGGGAUAGAGUUAAAUAUUGGGCAACGCUAAAUGAGCCCAACGUUGUGGCCCAAUUUGGCUACUACAGUGGAAAACAUCCGCCAAGCCGUUGCUCUUACCCAGUAGGCAAAUGUGAAGCUGGAGACUCCCAAUUAGAACCUUAUAUUGCCGCUCAUAAUAUGAUUUUGUCGCAUGCCACAGCAACUCAAAUUUACAGAGACAGAUAUCAGGAAAAACAAGGAGGGAAGAUAGGCAUUGUGUUAAGUGCCUACUGGUAUGAACCAUUAAGAGAUAUUCCAGCUGAUCAUUUUGCUGCUCAACGAGCUCUAUCUUUUUUUACUGCUUGGUUUAUGGAUCCAAUUAUAUAUGGAGAGUACCCACCUGAAAUGCGACAGAUAGUAGGUGAAAGGCUACCAACAUUUUCAGUAGAGGAGAAAAGGAAAUUGAAGAAUAAAUUGGAUUUUAUUGGAAUAAAUCAUUAUAGCACUCUUUAUGCAAAGGAUUGCAUGUUUUCACCAUGCAAUUCUAGUACUGACUUACUUGCAGACUCAUUUGUAUACAAUACUGGGGACAGAGAUGGAAAUCUUAUUGGAAAACCGACUGCAAUGCCUACAUUUUACGUGGUUCCAAAUAGUAUGGAGAAGAUAGUCAUGUAUUUCAAAGACAGAUACAACAACACACCCAUGUUUAUCACUGAGAAUGGAUAUGCACAACCUAACAGUGGUGACAUUAAAGAAAUGCUCAGUGACGCUGGAAGAAUAGAGUACAUGGAGGGUUACCUGACUUCCCUAGCCGCAGCAAUAAGGAAAGGAGCAGAUGUGAGAGGUUAUUUUGGUUGGUCACUAAUAGACAACUUUGAAUGGUCAUAUGGGUAUUCAAUAUGCUUUGGAUUAUACCAUGUGGAUCGCACAACGCUGAAAAGAACACCGACAAUCAGCCUUAUGGUUUCAGCAAUUCCUUAGAAAUAAUAAUAACCUUCGCAUGCCCAUAAAUAGCAGCAGAAAAUUAUGGUAUUUGUAAAUAUAAAUAAAUAUUUCUUGUAAAUUAGCUAUUGAAAUUUGAUUGGGUAUGCAUAUUUUAGUAUA